AGAAAGUCACGUAGAGGAAAAAAAACACCAUUACCCAGGUAGCUUUGCGGUUAGAACAACAAAGAUGGCGUUUCCGGACGUGAUAUGAAUACUGAAACGUCCAACAGAUGAAUUAAAAGGAGCAGACAACCAGCACAGCACUGCAGACAACGGGCAAUUCACCGCUGCAUCACACCGGCAUAUAUUUAUUUUUAUAUACACACACUCAUAAAAUGCCGUCUCCUAAAGCGAAAAACCCCGGUCGCGGAAGCCCGGUGCUCGGCGGCGUCAACGGCCGCUACGAGUUCAUGUCGCUGACGAAGCCGCCGCCCCUCCUCCUGCAGCGGCAGGGCUCCGACCCGACCACCGCCCGCCUCCGCGUGUCGGAGAGCCCCACGCGGCGUCGGGGCUCCAGCUCCUCCACGGGCUCGGCGAGCGGCCAGGCCCCGCCGGAGGAGGACGGCAUCCGGCUCAAUCCCUCCUUCGUCCGCGUGGCGCUCAGCUCGCUGCUCGCCAUCGACCUGUGGAUGUCCAAGCGGCUCGGCGUGUGCGCCUGCGAGGACUCGUCGUGGGGCAGCGUGCGGCCGCUGAUGAAGCUGAUAGAGAUCUCGGGGCACGGCAUCCCCUGGCUGGCCGGCGCCGUCUACUGCCUGUACAAGAGCGACAGUGCUGCGGGACAAGAGGUCAUGCUCAACCUGCUCAUGGGUCUCCUGCUGGACCUGCUCCUGGUCGGCAUCGUUAAGGCGGUGGUGCGUCGGCGUCGGCCGUCCCACAACCGCAUGGACAUGUUCGCCACCUUCUCCGUGGACCGCUACUCCUUCCCUUCCGGCCACGCCACCCGCGCCGCCAUGUGCGGCCGCUUCCUGCUGGCUCACCUGGUGCUGGCCGCCCCGCUGAGGGUCCUCGUGCUGCUGUGGGCCGGCCUGGUGGGGCUGAGCCGGGUGAUGCUGGGCCGGCACAACGUGACCGACGUGAUGUUCGGCUUCUGGAUGGGCUACUGCCAGUACAACCUCGUAGAGAUGCUGUGGCUCUCGCCUCAAACCCUGCAAGGGCUGCUGGGACAGUUGGCCUGAUAUUAAAAGGAUCGGGGGGGGGGGGGAAAAGGAGGAGCGAGACAUGGCCGUUUAAAUCUUGGAUCACUAGAGCACCUGCACACCUUUUGUUGUCCUUUUUUUAGACGUAUAUAUCAGAGGAGUUGUCUCUUUGAGUCAAACUCAGCUUUGUUCUGCUGCGAUCUGACGCUCACGGGCACGUCGAGUAGGAUUUGUUGGUUUGUAAACAUUCACAGUUGGGGGGGUCCCCCCUCCCCCCCGCCUCCACGAGGGUCACGGAGCUCGGAUUCUGCAGACUCAUUUUCACGGCCAUCUCUGCGUUUUUCAGGAGUUUGACGCUCAGAAAAUGUCCCCAAAAAAGAAAGAUCUCAGAGAGACCGGCGCUCACUUAAGUAAUGAUUGAGAGGGGUUAUUUUUGUACGAGUUUACACAUUGUUUUUUUUUAAAAUUUUUUAUCCUAAUCAUUGUGCUUUACAAUUUGAGAGCCUGUCAGCCGUCAUGAGUAAUGAGUAAUGUCUGUAAUGCAUAUGCAGCACUUUGAUUCAGACGAGACCGGGAGAAACGGAUCCACCCAGGUUUCCCCCCCGAAGCCGCCGCACUCACUGGAAAGGAUUUAAACUGCAAGCGUGCUUUUUGUAGCUUUUGAUUUCAAAGAGUUAUGCAUUCAAAGAAAAAGGCCCUUUUUUUUUUUUUUCGCCUGACCGUCCACAUCCAACAUUUUUCUAACUUUCGCCGGCGCUGAUGAGCGGAGAACUUUGAGGAGUUUUCAGCACGUCGUUUUUUUCCUGCACAGAACGUAAAAGAUCCAACCGCUUCAGACACACUUCAGAUACACUUCAGAUACACUUCAGACACACUUCAGACACACUUCAGAUACACUUCAGAUACACUUCAGAUACACUUCAGACACACUUCAGACACACUUCAGACACACUUCAGACACACUUCAGACACACUUCAGACACACUUCAGACACACUUCAGACACACUUCAGAUACACUUCAGAUACACUUCAGAUACACUUCAGACACACUUCAGACACACUUCAGACACACUUCAGAUACACUUCAGACACACUUCAGACACACUUCAGACACACUUCAGAUACACUUCAGAUACACUUCAGGAUACACUUCAGAUACACUUCAGAUACACUUCAGACACACUUCAGACACACUUCAGAUACGCUUCAGACACGCUUCAGACACACUUCAAGAUACACUUCAGAUACACUUCAGAUACACUUCAGACACACUUCAGACACACUUCAAGAUACACUUCAGAUACACUUCAGAUACACUUCAGACACACUUCAGACACACUUCAGACACACUUCAAGAUACACUUCAGAUACACUUCAGACACACUUCAGAUACACUUCAAGAUACACUUCAGAUACACUUCAGACACACUUCAAGAUACACUUCAAGAUACACUUCAGAUACACUUCAGACACACUUCAGACACACUUCAGAUACACUUCAGACACACUUCAGACACACUUCAGACACACUUCAGACACACUUCAGAUACACUUCAGACACACUUCAGACACACUUCAAGAUACACUUCAGAUACACUUCAGACACACUUCAGAUACACUUCAGAUACACUUCAGAUACACUUCAGACACACUUCAGACACACUUCAGACACACUUCAGAUACACUUCAGACACACUUCAGACACACUUCAGAUACACUUCAGACACACUUCAGACACACUUCAGACACACUUCAGAUACACUUCAGAUACACUUCAGACACACUUCAAGAUACACUUCAGACACACUUCAGACACACUUCAGACACACUUCAGACACACUUCAGACACACUUCAGACACACUUCAGAUACACUUCAGAUACACUUCAGAUACGCUUCGUACUGUUGCAACACAGCAGAGAACUCCACCUGUCCUCACCUGCCCUCGUUUCUUCUUCGGGACCAUUUUCUAUAUGAUUUCCCCACAAAGUCGUUUACGGUUCAGAAUUUUGAUCUUUUCCAUGUCGACAGGAUUCGGACUUUAAAUCGUUUUUAAACGAGACUCCUUUUUUAAAUGUCCUCUUCAACUAUUACCAUUCCUUUUAUCUCGUGUUGCAGCUUCAACUCUGAUGGAUCACAUGACGCAUGCGUCCCUUCCUGGACUAUCAGAAAUAUAGAUGUGCUUUGGUACUUUUUUUUUUUUGCACUAAAAGAAACCCUUUGGAAGACAUGGUUCUAAAAGUUAAUCUUGUGAUUCUUUUCUUUUUUUUUAAGUUUGAUCUAAAUUGUUUAUGAAAAGAAAGAAAGUUUUGCCAGGUUAAUCUUUUCUGGAAAAAGUCAAGGAUAAAAAAAAAAAAUCAUCAGUUUGUUGUUGUAGUACUAGUGUCGGCCACAAGAGGCUAAACUGCACCACUACCCCGUUUUACGAAAUGGGACUGAAACUGCAGUUUGACCCAGAUUAAUAUACAUUCAUGACCAAAAGAAUAACACCAUAUAAUUCACACUAAACACUUGUUUAGUGUGAAUGGAGAGAGUAAAACUCACCUGGAAGAAAACAGGAAUUAGUUUACUCCUCUUUAGAGCACAGUGCACUGUCGCCUCUUGUGGACAACAUGAGUAUUACAACAACAAAUGAUUUUUGCCUGCCAAAAAAAAAAAUUGUUAUUUAAGAUUAUCCUGGCAAAAUAAAAAUGGAAAACUAUAUUUUACAUCUGAGAAAAUGUCUGACUGAGGAUCAUACGAGUUCAGGUCAUGACCCCCACCUGGUAAAGCUCAAUCCGAGCAGAUUGAGAAAAGUUACUUUAUUAUUAUUUUUAUAAUAACUGUUAUGAAUCAAUUCACAAAACGUAUUUAUUCUUAUUGUCUCUUGUUUAAAGUUGGAUAAAUGGCACUUUGAACCACAUUCGGGUGGUUUUCUGCCACCUGAGACGAGAGAGACUGAAGACCAGACCAGGACUCUCUUAGUCCCUGAAGCGAGACAAUCUGAGACCGGUUCGACCCCCCCCCCCCCCUCUGACACCCGCGUUUAUAUAAUGUUUAACAUUUUACACACAUUCUCAGUUAAAGAUUCGGCGAUGCAAUAAUAAUGUGUAAAGGAAUUAACAGCCAAGUCAGAUCCUCCCAAUGCUUGGUUAAAGUGACCUAAAUGUGACUCUGGGGGUCAGAGGUCGGAGGAGGGGGGAGGGGGGGGGCAGCAUGUCAUUUAACCUACUCCUAUUGUGGCUUAUUUGCAGCGAAAUAUUGAAAUUACAAUAUUAGUCAGAUUUUAUUGUCGGAUAAGUAGCAUUAAAAACGCAGCUGUUGAGCUGAAUUGCUCUAUUUUUAUUUUGCCCGUGUUUGGUGUCGACCGACCUCUCUGUCCGCAGAUUAUUUAAACGUUGCAUCUUUGCACCGUGCAGCCUAGUUUAUGUUUGUCUGGCAUAAUUUGUCUAUUGAUUUAAGAACUAGGACGUGUGAUUUCUGUGUAUGAACUGUUGUAGUUCCCCUUGGAUGCAGGAGCCCCGUUGGAGACUCGUUGGUGCUCUCUGCAAUAAUGAUAAUAUUAUUAUAAUAAUAAUAAUACUAAUUGACAAACGACCUUCCCAGUGCGGGCGAUGAGAUGACUGGCGAGUGAGGCGGCAGCUUCCUUUUUUAAUAUUAAUUUAGUUAUUACCGUUCGGUUGAAAUCUUAAUAUGCUGGACUGUGACCAAAUACUUUUUCUUUUUUUUUGUGAUUGAUUUUUGACCAUUUCCCUACAACCAUAAAUAUCCCUUAAAAAAAAGCUAUAUCCUUAAAAAAAAUAUAUAUAUAUAUAUACAUAUA